AUGACCAAGUCGUUCUUGGACUUCUGCAUAGCAUCGCUUGGCUUCUGGGCAUUCGGCUAUGCGCUGAUGUUUGGCGGUGGCGCUGCUGCCGGAAUCAUCGGGCUGGAGGGCUUCUUCCUAGCCAACUUCGCCGAUGGCGAUCUCGUUGGCUGGUUCUUCCAGAUGGUGUUCGCGGGCACGGCGGCGACGAUUAUCGCGGGAGCGAUGGCAGAGCGGACGAAGAUUAAUGCUUACUUCGCGUACAGCUUCAUCGUUGGCGCGCUGGUUUACCCGAUAUACGGGCACUGGGCGUGGAGCGACUUCGGCUGGCUUGCCGGCAUGGGCUUUGCAGACUACGCGGGUUCCGGCGUUGUCCACAUGAUUGGCGGCUUCCUGGCUUUGGCUGGCGCGAUGGUAGUCGGACCGCGCAAAGGCUGGGAGCAGGGCAUCAUAAUUCGGGGACACAAUGUUCCUUAUGUGGUCAUCGGCACAUUCAUCCUGUUCUUCGGCUGGUUCGGAUUCAACAUUAACUCUGCUACGCUGGGUCUGAAUGCGGUUAAUACGCUUCUCGCGGGCUCAGCCGGGGCGACUGCGGCAAUCUAUGUAACGCUUCUGAUGACUGGUAAAGCCGACAUCGAGAUGGCGGCCAACGGCGCGCUUGCCGGACUUGUUGGCAUCACUGCCGGCUGUGCAUAUGUGGAUCCAUGGGCGGCGGUUGUCAUUGGAUUGAUUGCGGGCAUCAUAAUGAUAUUUGGUGUGAGAUUCGUGAAGAACAUUCUGAAGGCGGACGAUCCUGUUGGCGCAGUAACGGUGCAUGGCAUCUGCGGCGCGUGGGGUCUGCUGGCGGUUGGCAUCUUCGCCUCCGGGCAUAACGAUGUAACGGGUCUGGUUGUCGGCAAUGCUGCGCAGCUGCUGCCGCAGAUCGUUGGCAUACUUGCGGCAAUCGUCUGGGGCUUCGGCGGCGGCUACAUACUCUUCAAGAUUCUUGACCUGACGAUGGGUCUGCGCGUGGAUGAGCAGGAAGAGGAGGAAGGCUUGGACGAGCACGAGCACGGCACGGUGGCGUACCCUGAGAUGAACUAG